AUGUUGGUGCCAGCUCACUUCUUGCUUCUCCUGCUGCUGCUCCUGGGAGACCCGAGGGCCGGCCUCUCCUAUAAGUUCUACAGAGCCCRGCCGGUCUUCAACUGCCUCAGUACAGCGCGAGCUGAGGUCAAGCAGAGUCCAUGGGAGGACAUGGCCCCGCUGAGCAAGAGGAGCUUCCACUCCCUGCCCAGUCAAGACCCGUCUUCAGGAGAAGAGAAGGAGGAGGAGGAGGAAAAGCAGAACAAGGACAAAAGGACUUUCCCAGGCUCUGGGGGUGGGGGUGGAGCUGGAAACACCCGGUACAAAUACCUGUCCCAAACCCAGCACAAGGGGAAGCUGUACCAGGACAAGACCAAGAGCGACCGGCGCACCAAGUUCACCCUGUCCCUGGAUGUCCCCACCAACAUCAUGAACAUCCUCUUCGACAUCGCCAAGGCCAAAAACUUGCGGGCCAAGGCAGCUGCCAAUGCCCACCUGAUGGCGCAGAUUGGGCGGAAGAAGUAG